AUGUGGACUCGGAAGCUCACACUUAAAACUAAAGACUGUAUACAGACAUCCAGUCGACCGGAAGAUUUUCUACUCACCUGUCCCUCUCUACUUAUCUCUUUCCUAUUCAUUCUCUUUUGUCUUUCCACUUCACUGUCUCUCGCCUUCUCUCUGUUUGUCACCCACUCUACCUCUUUCUCAUCCUUUUUCUUUCUUUCCUCCUCCCUGUACUCCGUUCUCUUUUACUUACACUCCUCUCUUCCUUCCGUCUGUCCUCUUCUUCUCUCAGCUUUCUCUCUACUUUUCUCAAAACCCCUCUUUCACUAUUUACCUAUCUCCUCCCUUCUUUCCUCCAAUCUCGUUUUCCUUCUCAAUCUUUUCAACCGUCUCACCACCUCAUCCUCUCUUUUCUUUUUUCUUUUCACCCCACUCUCUUUCCUUCUCCUAUCAGAUGAAAUACUGGUGUCAUCUUCCUGCCUCUGA